AUGCGUUGUAGCAAUCUCAUUCCGUGCACAGGUUUUCAAUUUUCAAUGCUCGGGGAAGGUGGCACUGGAAACAAGUGCAGCAACUAUACUGCAUUCUUGUUUGCACCUUCUUUGACUGAGAAAGACUGGAUUUCCAUGGUGAGCAAGAAGACUAAAGGGCGUCAAAAGAUAGCAAUAAAAAAAAUAGAAAACAAAGACGACCGCUUUGCCACAUUCUCAAAGCGUCGUACGGGCUUAUACAAAAAGGCCAGCAACCUUGUUUCCCAAUGUGAUGCUGAUAUUGGAAUCGUACUUUCUUCCCCUGCCGGUAAGCCUUUCUCAUUUUUUCACCCUACAAUUGAUGUUGUUAUUGCUCGUUUUCAGAAUCCUGAUAUGCAAUUAAGUGAGAUUAAUCGCCUAGUUGCGGCUUAUGCUCGAAACAAAGUGAACUAUCUUAAUAGUAGGCUUGAAGAGUUUGAUACCAGAGAAGACGCUGCAACUGUUCAAACACGUUUCUAUGACCAAAUGUCAAAAACUAGACAAAGUGAUUGGUGGGAGUCAAUUGAGCAGCUCAAUGCAUGUGAAAUGAUAAUGUUUGAAGCGUGGUUAGACAAUGCUAUGUUUAAUUUGAACAAUCAUUUGAAUCAAUUGGAAAUUGGAGCUUCAUCCUCAUCACCAAACUACUUCUAA